AUGGACAAAAUAAUACCAUCUUACAACUUAACCUUUACUUAUAUGGUACUUAAUGGAUUCGAGUUAGAUCCGGAUUAUUAUGGAUGUCCCGAGGAAAUGCACAAUAGGCCACCGCAUACGGCUAGGCCGUAUUGGGGAUUGUGGUUUAUUGGAUCUGGAAUUAUUAUGUUGGUGAGUUAA